CAGACUCCAUCUCUUCCUCCAUAGAUAUCCACAUACCAUCAGAGUGAGAGAAAAGGAACUUUUGAGAGAGAGAGAGAGAGAGAGAGAGAGAGAGAGAGAGAGAAAUGGCGGCUUCACCAUUCACUCCGACUUGGACUCGUCCAGAGGCUGCGUUCUCCCAUUGCAGUUCAAUCUCAAGGUUUAUUAUGGAUUUCAGCUCCAGGCGUAGAGAUUCCAAGAUUUUAUUCAUCCGAUCAGCCUCGAGUUUUCAGGGGAUGAAACGGUCUUUUGCGGUGAGGAGCGCCUCGAGCGAGCCGAAGCAGAAGUUGAGAGAUCAAAUCAAUGACCAAGGGGCUGCAAUUGAUAGGAUAUCUUUCACUCCUGAUGCUGCGUCCAUUGCAUCGAGUAUCAAAUACCAUGCAGAGUUCACACCACUAUUUUCUCCAGAGCGAUUUGAGCUCCCCAAGGCUUUCUUUGCGACUGCACAAAGUGUUCGUGAUGCGCUUAUCAUUAAUUGGAAUGCAACAUAUGAUUACUACGAAAAGACGAACGUAAAGCAGGCAUAUUAUUUGUCAAUGGAAUUUCUGCAGGGAAGAGCAUUGUUAAAUGCCAUCGGUAAUUUGGAGCUGACAGAUGCUUAUGGAGAAGCGUUGAGUAAGCUUGGGCACAAUCUAGAGAAUGUAGCUUGCCAGGAGUCCGAUGCUGCACUUGGAAAUGGGGGUCUUGGGCGGCUUGCUUCCUGUUUUCUGGAUUCGUUGGCAACAUUAAAUUACCCAGCAUGGGGUUAUGGACUUAGAUACAAGUACGGAUUAUUUAAACAGAGGAUUACAAAAGAUGGUCAGGAAGAAGUUGCUGAAGAUUGGCUUGAGAUGGGUAGUCCCUGGGAGAUUGUGAGAAAUGAUGUCUCAUAUCCGGUCAAAUUUCACGGCAAAGUUGUGGAAGGGUCCGAUGGAAAGAGAUACUGGAUUGGUGGAGAAGAUAUAAAGGCAGUUGCUUAUGAUGUCCCAAUACCAGGAUAUAAAACUAGAACCACAAUUAACCUUCGUCUUUGGUCCACUAAAGUUCUGUCGGAGGAUUUUGAUUUGUAUGCUUUCAACUCUGGAGAGCACACCAAAGCUUGUGAAGCCCAAGCUAAUGCUGAAAAGAUUUGUUAUGUAUUAUACCCUGGGGAUGAAUCAAUGGAGGGAAAGAUCCUUCGUCUGAAACAACAAUAUACGUUAUGCUCUGCUUCCCUGCAAGAUAUUAUUGCACGUUUUAAGAGGAGAUCUGGAGGGCAAGUGAAUUGGGAAGACUUUCCUGAAAAGGUAGCAGUGCAAAUGAAUGAUACUCACCCAACUCUCUGCAUUCCAGAGCUGAUGAGAAUAUUGAUGGAUCUGGAGGGCAUCAGCUGGAAGGAAGCUUGGGGUAUUACCCAAAGAACAGUGGCGUAUACAAAUCAUACUGUUUUACCUGAGGCAUUGGAGAAAUGGAGUUUAGAACUUAUGGAGAAACUCCUUCCCCGACAUGUUGAGAUUAUCCAAAUGAUUGAUGAAGAGCUGAUAGAGGAAAUUAUAUCAGAGUAUGGUACUUCAAAUGCUGACCUAUUGGAGAAAAAAUUGACUGCGAUGAGAAUUCUAGAAAAUGUUGAUUUACCAGCUUCCAUUGCGGAUUUGUUUGUUAAACCAAAAGAAAUUCCUGCUGUCAAUCUGAGCGAAGAACCUGAAAGUUCUGAUGAAGAACCUGAAAGUUCUGAUGAAGAACCUGAAAGUUCUGAUGAAGAACCUGAAAGUUCUGAUGAAGAACUUGUACCUACCGAUCUAGAUGAGCCAAAAGAAGGCUUGCAGAAAAAGAAAAAGGUGGAUAUGGAACCAAUUCCAAAACCUCCAAAGAUGGUCCGCAUGGCUAAUCUUUGUGUUGUGGGUGGUCAUGCCGUAAAUGGAGUUGCUGAGAUUCAUAGUGAAAUUGUAAAGGAGGAUGUGUUCAAUGAGUUUUAUAAGCUGUGGCCUGAGAAAUUUCAAAACAAAACAAAUGGGGUCACACCAAGAAGAUGGAUCAAGUUCUGUAAUCCAUAUCUAAGUGAUAUAAUAACCAAAUGGACUGGUACAGAAGACUGGGUCCUUCACACUGAGAAAUUGGCAGAACUGCGAAAGUUUGCUGAUAACAAGGAUCUCCAAAUUGAGUGGAGGGCAGCAAAAAGAAGCAACAAGAUGAAGGUCGUGUCCUUCCUCAAAGAAAAAACAGGAUAUUCCAUCAGCCCUGAUGCAAUGUUUGAUGUCCAGGUGAAGCGCAUCCAUGAAUACAAGCGACAACUUUUAAAUAUAUUGGGGAUUGUUUACCGCUACAAAAAGAUGAAAGAAAUGAGCGCGUCAAAGAGGAAAGCAAAGUUUGUUCCACGAGUUUGCAUAUUUGGGGGAAAAGCAUUUGCAACAUAUGUGCAAGCGAAGAGAAUAGUGAAAUUUAUCACAGAUGUUGGGUCUACAGUGAAUCAUGACCCUGAAAUUGGUGAUUUACUAAAGGUUGUAUUUGUUCCUGAUUACAAUGUGACUGUUGCUGAAUUGCUAAUUCCGGCAAGUGAGCUCUCGCAGCACAUCAGUACUGCUGGGAUGGAGGCCAGUGGAACCAGCAACAUGAAGUUUGCCAUGAACGGUUGCAUCUUGAUUGGGACCCUGGAUGGGGCCAAUGUGGAAAUAAGGCAAGAGGUUGGAAACGAGAACUUUUUUCUCUUUGGUGCUAGAGCUCCUGAGAUCGCGGGACUGAGGAAAGAAAGGGCUGAAGGAAAGUUUGUCCCAGACCCACGUUUUGAGGAAGUCAAGAAAUUUGUUAGAAGUGGUGUUUUUGGACCUUAUAACUAUGCUGAACUUAUGGGAUCAUUAGAAGGAAACGAAGGCUAUGGCCUUGCAGACUAUUUCCUGGUGGGAAAAGACUUCCCAAGUUACUUAGAAUGCCAAGAGAAGGUCGAUGAGGCAUAUCAAGACCAAAGGAGAUGGACAAGAAUGUCGAUCUUAAAUACAGCAGGCUCGUACAAAUUCAGCAGUGACAGAACGAUUCGCGAAUAUGCUAGGGAUAUAUGGAACAUCGAACCAGUCAAAUUACUUUAGAAAAGGGGAUCUAAAAUGCUUGAAGAGGAAAGUUCUACCAAGGCAGCCCAUAAUCCCCUUUGUCUUCGUUUUAAGAAAUGUAUUUUUCUCCCAACUGAAUCGCUCGGAAAUGACUUUAUGUGGAUGCAAUGCAAAUAAGGUCACUGGGUAAUAAAUUUGAGUCUUAGCUUGAUAAGCUCCGAGCCGAAAUUUUGCCGGGCCUCAUGAAUUCAAUUGAUCCUCAUAUAUAUUUGAGCAGAGUGGCAGAGUUUUCUGCUUGUGGUUUAUGAACUACUAUUGGUUAUGGUGCAAUGAUGAUAUGUGAUGUAUCGUAUCUUUUGAUGAAACAAA